UUUUACUAUUAAUAUUACACACGGUAAUGAGAUUAUUUGAACUGUGUUCUCAUUUCUCUCUGUACUAACAGGUCACAUCAACAGUACUGUAGCUAGUUAUUCAGCUUUGCAAAACAUAUUUUAGUUUUUCAUGCUCAAAGUCUGUCAGUCUAAGCUUCAUUUUGGGAAAUCACUAAAUUGUCCUCAGUCUGUCCACACAUUGAUCUGCCCGAAAAUCACAACAUUAUAAAUUCCCUGCUAAUUCGAAGGUUUAAAGACAUCUGUGAUGGGUAUCUAACAAUAACUCUGCUCAGGCUUUGUCCCACCUCAAGCUGAUCAAUAUGUGAUAUUGAAGACAAGACAUACUGCACUAAGUUUCUGAUCAUAUCAGCAGCCUUUCUGGGUUUGAUCUUGAAGUGGGCUUUUCUGUUUACAAAUGGAGAAUGGAGACUGGGGCCAUAGGAUGACUAACCCAGUGACCUUGAAUGUGGGGGGCCACCUGUACACCACCUCCCUAUCAACCCUGCAGCGGUACCCAGACUCCAUGCUGGGCGCCAUGUUCCGCGGGGAUUUUCCCACAACGCGGGACGCCCAGGGAAACUACUUCAUCGACCGCGAUGGGACGCUCUUCCGGUACGUGCUGAACUUCCUACGUACGUCCGAGCUCACGCUCCCUGUGGACUUCACUGAAACUGACCUCCUGAGGAAGGAGGCGGAUUUCUACUUGAUCGAACCGUUGAUCCAUUGCCUCAACGAACCCAAGCCGCUCUACCCUCUGGACAUCUUUGAGCAGGUGGUUGAGCUGUCCAGCACACGGAAACUAUCCAAGUAUUCAAACCCAGUGGCCGUCAUUAUCACACAGCUCACCAUAACAACCAAGGUGCAAGCCCUGCUGGAGGGCAUCUGCAAAAAUUUCACCAAGUGGAACAAACACAUGAUGGACACAAGAGACUUCCAGGUGUCCUUCACUUUUGGACCGUGUGACUACCACCAGGAAGUGACCCUCAGGGUUCACCUAAUGGACUAUAUUAUGAAGCAGGGCUUCACCAUCCGGAACACUCGAGUGCAUCACAUGAGCGAGCGAGCCAAUGAGAAUACAGUGGAGCACCACUGGACAUUCUGCAGACCGGCUCGCAAAGUAGAAGACUGAUGACUGUGCCACAGCUGUAGUAAAUGGAGUCACUUCCAUACAGUUUCCAUCAUCAUCGCUCUAAAAUGGCAACAUACUGACAUUAUUAUGGUAUUGUUGAAAGAAAAAAAGAAAAGCUGGUUGGUCUGGUUGUAAUGAGGUUUCAUUGCCAUGAUGAUAAGAAAUCACUGUGUAUAAGACAAUAUCCUAUAAUGGGUUCAUCCUUCACAAUGGAAGAGAGAAGGUGCAAAUAACAAGUGAUAAAUUCAUGCCCUAAUACUAUAAACACACUUUGAUUGUGAAAAUAAAUAAUGCAUAAUAAUCAA